AUGGCGGUUUGGAUCCGCCGCGACGACGCCCGCUUCACUAGCUUGACGUGCGGCACCGCCGCCGGCUCCACCACGAGCAUCUACGAGAGCCCCCGGACGACGGCAGUACUGACGACGACGACCGCCGCCGCCGCCGCCGGGGGUGGUAGUGGCCCGGGAGGCGGCGCGCCUAGCGGCAGGGUCGGCGGGGGGAGCACGUGGGGGUGGUCGAGCGUGAUGACGACGACGCGCGGGCAGGCGGCCGUUACCAGUACUGGCAGUUCCGGCUCCCCUUCUCGGGUGCCUUCGAUGACGACCGCAGGCCCCGUCGUUAGGGAAAGCUCCAGCGGCACGGAUGUGGGUGCCACAAGCUCUGCGGCCGGCGGAAGCAGCGGCAGCAGCAGCAGCAGCAGCAGAAGCCGCAGCGGAAAGAGCACGAGCCGGAGCAGCGAUCCCGGCGGCUCGACUGGUGAAGCCCUCCCGGGCCCUGCUCCUCCUACCGGCUUCGUUUCCAGCCCGCCCGUCGCUCCGACCAUACAGACCCCCACGGCCCGACGCACCCGGUCCGCCCGUACCAGCGCGGCAACGCGCGUCUCGUCAUCACCCCCUACUAACCCAUCUAUCGUCGAGCCACCAGCAGCAGCACCGACGUCGCCCACCACGUUACACUCGCACUCGCCGCCGCCCUCGCCAACAGAAGCAUCAUCCACCGGCACCACGUCAGCAACAACGGCGAUGACGACGACGGCGACACCGCCCCUGGACAACAGCGACCCAGGCGCCCCCGCCGACCACGCAGGCGAACGGGGCAGGGUCGCGGGCGCCGUCGCGAGCGCGCUCGCGGGCGUCGUCCUCGCGGCGUCGGCGGCGCUCUUCGUGGCCUACCGCCGCACGCGCCACAGGUUCGGUACGGCCAUGCAGUUCAUCUACCGCUCCUUCAAGUCCAGCACCAGCAGCGGCGGCUUCGGCGGCGCCGGGGAGGGCGGCCGCGCGAGGCCGCGCGGGAAGCAGGGGCGGGGGGACGUGGGCUGAGGGACACAAAGCUGUGUCCGUCUGCUUUUCGUUUUCUUCUUCUUCCUCCUUCUUUCUUCAUCCUUCCUUUUCUCCCCUGGUCCGUCCUCUCCAUAUUGCAUAAUACUUCCAUGCACAGUGGCCUGUCCCCUUUUUCAUACUUUUCGUGGUUCAAAGGAUAAACCUGCUCCCUCCUUGCUCCAUCUCUGACCUAGGCAUACUCGAUCAUCCCUAUCAACAGCUCAACGAAUUGGUGCCAUGG